UUGGUUUCAGGGCAGAGCUGCCAUGAGUCCCGGGAGCCGCGGGCGGCCUCGGCAGCGGCUCGGGGAUCGCGGCCUCAUGAAACCACCCUCACUUUCCAAGCGCCGUCUUCUACCGCGAGUGCAGCUCCUGCCCCUCCUGCUGCUGGCGCUGGCCCUGGGCUUGGCUAUCUAUAUCGUCUGGAAUAGCUGGCACCCUGGGGUCGAGGAGGUGUCACGGAGCCGGGAUCUGCGGGUCCCGCUAAUCGGAAGCCUUUCAGAAGCCAAACUGCGGCUGGUGGUAGGGCAGCUGGAUCCGCAGCGUCUGUGGGGGACUUUCCUGCGUCCCUUGUUGAUUGUGCGACCCCCGGGUAGUCCUGGCAAUCUCCAAGUGAGAAAGUUCCUGGAGACCACGCUGCAGUCCCUGUCGGCAGGCUGGCACGUGGAACUGGACCCAUUCACAGCCUCAACCCCCUUGGGGCCACUGGACUUCGGGAACGUGGUGGCCACACUUGACCCAGGAGCUGCCCGACACCUCACCCUCGCCUGCCAUUAUGACUCUAAGUUCUUCCCUCCUGGGUUGCCCCCCUUUGUGGGGGCCACAGAUUCAGCCGUGCCCUGCGCCCUGCUUCUGGAGUUGGUCCAGGCCCUUGAUGUCAUGCUAAGCAGGGUCAAGCAGCAGGCAGCACCGGUGACCCUGCAGCUGCUCUUCUUGGAUGGGGAGGAGGCACUGAAGGAGUGGGGACCAAAGGACUCCCUCUAUGGCUCCCGGCACCUAGCUCAGAUCAUGGAGUCCACACCGCACAGCCCCGGCCUUACCAGGAUCCAGGCUAUUGAGCUCUUUGUCCUUCUUGACCUUCUGGGAGCAUCCAGCCCAAUCUUCUUCAGUCACUUCCCCCGCACAGCCCGCUGGUUCCAACGACUGAGGAGCAUCGAGAAGCGCCUUCACCGUCUGAACUUACUACAGUCUCACCCCCAGGAAGUGAUGUACUUUCAACCCGGGGAGCCCCCUGGCCCUGUGGAAGAUGACCACAUCCCCUUCCUUCGCAGAGGGGUCCCCGUGCUCCACCUCAUUGCGACACCCUUCCCUGCUGUGUGGCACACACCUGCUGACACUGAGGCCAACCUCCACCCGCCCACCGUGCACAACCUGAGCCGCAUCCUCGCUGUGUUCCUGGCCGAGUACCUGGGACUCUAGCCUGCAGCCUGAUACCUUGAAGGGAUCUGGGCACUGGCCAGGGGCACCUGAGGUUUGCUUCAAGCACAUUGAGCCACCGUGUUUCAAGGACAUGCAAGGAACUGAGGGCAUGAGAGAGCCAAAGGAAAUAGGAAUCCUUUGGCCUCUGUCCUGAGUAAAUAACUGGAAGUUUCCAGUGACCAAAAGACAUGUCACAGGCUACACUUGGACCAGCACCACCGACCAAAUGAAUCCUCUGUGGCUGAUGUUUUAUGUCA